GGGUCUCAAAACGAGCGCACCAAACCUCUUUGUCAAAACGCGCAGGUUAUCGCGUUGUUUGGACACAGCUGACCGCUGCCUGCUAGACGAAAUAAACCACCAGGCUAGACUAGCGGCUCAGAUAGUCAGAGAUAGUCAUAGAGACGCAGUCAGGGCGAAGUCGGGGGGACGGCGGAUACCUCACAGCUCCGACUCUUUCACCUCCAGAGAUGCCUGCAUCUCCGGUCUCCCCCGCCAGCUAAGGCCCCGACAGAUAGGGAUUGAUCCCGAUGGAAAACCCGGAGAGCGAGGGUAGAUAAAAGGCGACAGCACCAGGAGGAGGGUUAGCUUAAGUUUCAAUGUUAUUGUCAAUUAAAAAACACAUAUGGUCACGAUGUCCUGCUCUGGAAACCUGGUCUGGGAUGUAAAUAAACGCUUAAUUGGAUACAACGAGCCGAACGCCAUCAGGACCAACUAUUUGGGCAGAAGAGAGUUCGUCCAGAGGCUUAAACUUGAAGCGACGCUGAAUGUACACGAUGGCUGUGUCAACACUAUAUCCUGGAACGACACUGGCGAAUAUAUCCUGUCGGGCUCAGACGAUACCUUCUUGGUUAUCACAAACCCGUACAACAAAAAGGUCAAGAAGUCCAUACGUUCAGGUCACCGGGCAAACAUCUUCAGCGCGAAGUUCAUGCCCCACACCAACGAUCAGGAAAUCAUCUCCUGCUCCGGAGACGGCAUCAUCUACUACACCAACACCGAGAAGAGUCCCGAGCACAACAGACAGUGUCAGUUCACCUGCCAUUACGGAACGGCUUACGAGAUUAUGACCGUACCCAACGACCCCUACACGUUCCUGUCGUGCGGGGAGGACGGCACGGUGCGAUGGUUCGACCUCCGCAUGAAAACCAGCUGCACUAAAGAAGACUGCAAAGAUGACAUCCUCAUAAACUGUCGGAGAGCAGCGACCUCCAUAUCGAUCUCCCCCCUGGUGCCGUACUACCUGGCCGUCGGCUGCUCCGACAGCUCGGUGCGAAUCUACGACAGACGCAUGUUGGGCACCAGAGCGACAGGGAACUACAUGGGACGGGGGACGACGGGCAUGUGCGUUCGGUUCGUCCCCGCCCACCUGACCAACAAGUCGUGCAGAGUGACGUCCCUCUGCUACAGCGAGGACGGUCAGGAGGUGCUGGUCAGCUACUCCUCCGACUACAUCUACCUGUUCGACCCCAAAGACGACCAGGCCCGAGAGCUCAAGGGCCCGUCGGAGGAGAGGAGGGAGGAGCUGAGGCAGCCUCCGGUGAAGCGCCUCCGUCUGAGAGGUGACUGGUCCGACACUGGACCCCGGGCUCGUCCUGAGAGCGAGAGGGAGAGAGACGGGGAGCAGAGUCCAAACGUGUCCCUGAUGCAGAGAAUGUCGGACAUGUUGUCCCGGUGGUUCGAGGAGGCCAGCGAAGCUCAGGGCAGCAGAGGAACACGACCUCAGACGCGACCUCGAGGGACGGCCGUCCGUCCAGAGGGGGCUGUGACCGCUCCGGCCGCCCCCCCGGCGGCGGCGGCGGCGGCGGGAGACUCGGCUCCAGAGUCCAGCGCCCCCGAGAGGCCCGCGGGGACGGACUCCCCGGAGGUACCCGCCAGCCCCGCGGCGGCCGCGGCGGCCGUGCCUAAAUCCGCUUCCUCCUCUUCCUCCUCAGGGUCAACGGUCACAGCACCUCCUCCUUCCAGCUCCUCGUCGGUGGAGAGCUCGGCCCCGUCCUCCUCCUCCCCCGCCACCUCCUCACCCGACUCGGAGCAGAGGAGUCAGCCCGACGCGACGGGGACGCCGGCCACGCCCACGUCCGAACGGGCACUCUCAGAGUACGGUCCUCAUCGGCUGCCCAUAAGUUUAGUGUGUAGGCGUUUGCAGAGGUUGCUCCGGCUGGCCGACCCCCCCGGACAGGGUCAGCGAGCGGGCCCCGCUUCCUCCUCCUCCUCCUCCUCCUCCUCCUCUACUUCCUCCUCCUCCUCCUCCUCUACUUCUUCCUCCUCCUCUUCUUCUGCAGCCACCUCUGAGAGCCCGUCACAAAGAGCCUCUGCUGCCUCUGAGACGCAGCCCCGUACAGAUUCUCCCUCGUCUGUGGUAAACAAACAGCUGGGAUCCAUGACUCUUGACGAACAGCAGGGAGCUGCAGAAGCUACAGGUUCACCACCUGAUGAAUCUGUUUCUGCACCAGCCAGCAGUAGCCACCCUCCCUCCGCCUCCGCCUCCAGCAGUCGCCCCAGUGCAGCAGAGCCAGUCCUCAGCUUGCACUACAGCUCAGAGGGAACCACCACCAGCACCAUCAAGCUGGACUUCACAGAUGAGUGGAGCAGCAGCACCUCCACCUCGAUGGGCAGCGGAGGACCCAAAACCUCCGAGGCCGUGGUCCCGAGCAGAGAGAGUCUGUCGACUGAGAGCUCGACGUCGGAGCAGCCUCCCUCCGAGUCCUCGGGGCAGCAGGGUUCACCGGCCGCCUCCACGGAGCCUCCGUGUGACGCUUCCUGCUCGGGCGCUCAGGGCCAAGCGUCGGGCUCCUCUGGAGGAGGAGGAGGCGGCGGCGGCGGCGUGGCGUCCUCGCUGCAUAAGAAGAGUCAGCCUGAGGGCACCGAGGACACGUCGGGGGGCUGCAGGAGAGCGGAGCCCACCGGGGAGGAGGGAGAGGAGGGCCAGAGUCAGCCCGCACGGGGGAACCAGGACUCCGACGACAGCGACGACGAUCCCAUCCUCAUCCCGUCAACAAGGUUCAGAGGACAGGGACAGAGAUUUAAUUCCAGAGGAUCUGCAGUAGGAGAUAGGAUGAUAAGACGCUCAGCUGCAGCUCGCAUCCAGGAGCUAUUUCGAAGGAGGAAAGAGCGAAGGGAGAUGGAGGAGAGCGAGACCCAGAACAUCAGGAGGCCUUCGGUCAAAAUGGUCUACAAGGGCCACCGCAACUCCAGGACAAUGAUAAAGGAGUCGUGUUUCUGGGGCAACAACUUCGUGAUGAGCGGCUCGGACUGCGGACACAUCUUCAUCUGGGACAGACACACGGCCGAGCACCUCAUGCUGCUCGAGGCCGACAACCACGUCGUCAACUGCCUGCAGCCGCACCCCUACGACCCCAUCCUGGCCUCUUCAGGGAUUGACUACGAUAUUAAGAUUUGGUCGCCACUGGAAGAAUCGCCGUCGUUCAACAGAGUUCUUGCUGAUGAGGUAAUAACUCGGAAUGAGUUGAUGCUCGAGGAAACGAGAAACACAAUCACAGUCCCAGCCUCUUUCAUGCUCCGAAUGUUGGCCUCCCUCAAUCACAUCAGAUCAGAUCGACUAGAGGGCGAUCGCUCUGAAGGUUCAGGCCAGGAAAACGAGGACGAGCAGUAGCCGAAUGGCGUUUUAUUUCGAGAGUAAACACUAUUUCUUUCUUGCUGUAUAGCACUUGAAAAAUACCUGAGAUUUGUACAAGAAUAGUAUAGAAUACUUCCUUUUGAGAACUAGUGUAAUUUCUAGCCCCCCCGUGUUUUUUUAAGACGACUUUCUUACUGAUGUUUCUGUAUGAGGAUAAACUACACCUGUGUGAAUGCAAGAGGCAAGGACGUCAGUAUAUAUCUAUAUAUUAAGUGUGAGAAUAAUGGCGGCUUGUGUGAGAGGAUGUUAAGUGCAAUAUUAUUUUGUUAGGAGAAAGGUGAGCAUUGAUCAGUGUUAACGUUUGAUGUGCUGCCACUGGCAGUUACGCAUGUGAAUACAAGACUUUAAGUAAAA